UGACCUCACAAAUAUGGCGACGUAAUAUUACCAGCAGGAAUUUCCGGCAAGAGAUUUACACAUUGAAAUAGUUUGAAAUGAAAUGAGCGAACUUGUUUUCACGAGUCGAUGAUUUAACAGAAAAGAGUGUCAGCGUUAAUAGUUUUCACUCGUUUGGAACCAUAACAAAAAAAAAUGGAGGAUCAAGAUAAUGUGCAAAACAUGGAAGAUGAAGAUGAUGUGAGGGGUUUUGAAUGGGAUGCAGAACUUGAGGACAGAGACUUUGAGUGGCUGGAGGAUGAUGAAGAAGAGGAGAUGUUUGUGUCCAGCAGAAGUCCAGCGGAGCGCAGCGGUCACAUCGCAGUGACUGAUGGCAGCUUUAUGUUUGUGUGGGGGGGCUAUAAGAAUGGUGAUGCUGAAGCUACUGAAUUUAUUGAUUUGUACUUGCCAAAGAAUGAAAUCUGGAUAUACAACAUGGAGACAGAAAGAUGGAGAAUGAGGCGUUCAGAGGGAGACGUACCAAACUCCAUGUCAGGCAGCUGUGGCUCAUGUGUGGAUGGGUUUCUAUAUCUGUUUGGAGGUCACCAUGCCAGAGGAAACACAAAUCUGGUUUAUCGUGUUUCUCUAAGAUCCUUUACGUUCCGCUGGGAAAAGAUGAGUGAGUUAAAGGGCCUGGCCCCAACGAGUAAAGACAAACUAGGCUGUUGGGUUUACAAAAACAAGCUGGUGUAUUUCGGUGGCUACGGCUACGUCCCACCGCCCGGUCACAGAGGAACAUUUGAACUAGAUGAAAAUUCAUUCACGGGAAACCACAUGGGCCGAGGCUGGAACAAUCACAUACACGUUCUGGAUCUUGAGACGUUAACCUGGAACCAACCAAUCACAAAGGGAAACGCACCGUCCCCCCGGGCAGCUCACGCCUGCGCCACUCUGGGUAACAGAGGUUACGUCUUUGGAGGCCGCUAUAUGGAUCAUCGACUCAAUGAUUUGUACUACAUCAACCUGGACACGUGGACAUGGAGUGAAAUGUGUGUUCCUCAAAACGGCCCAGCGGGUCGUUCGUGGCACACUAUGACCCCAGUGUCACCCGAUCAUCUCUUUGUGUUCGGUGGCUUUACCACAAACAGAGAAACGCUGAGUGAUGCUUGGAUCUAUUGCAUCAAUACAAACGAGUGGAAACCAGUGAAUCACGAGCACACGGCGCGUCCCAGACUUUGGCACACGGCGUGUUUAGGUCCUGAUGGUGAAGUAUUUGUGUUUGGAGGAUGUGCCAAUAAUCUUCUCUCUCAUCAACAAGCUGCUCACAGCAACGAGCUGUUGGUAUUUAAUGUUCAGCCCAAAUCGCUGCUCAGGUUGUGUGUAGAUGCAGCAGUCAGAUAUAGGAAACAGAUGGAGCAUCUGUGGGAUGUUUUGCCCAAACAUCUGCUGCUUCAACUGAAACAGAGAAUUGUGGGAGACGUUUGAAGAUCAAGAUUUGCUAUCGCUGUACAGACUUCUGUGAUGAGUGUUCCUUGUGUAUUAUAAAUAUUUUGUUGGUUAGUUGAAUUUCUUGUAGGAAAAGUUAAAUUUCUUACCUAUUAAGGUGUUUUUUGUCUGAUUGUUGUUAAAAUUGAUGUUUUCUUGUGGUCAUGUAACAAACUGUAGAAUAAAAAAUUUUAAUAACCAAA